AUGUCUUCGGCUGUUGGAGUGGCUUCAAGUUCCAAGAACAUGGGGUUUGACGAAAAUAAGGUUGAUGACAAAGAGGGCGCCCCUGUUUCUGAAACCAAUGUAAAAGGUUCGGAUCAUGCCGAACCUGUGGUGGAGCCUGAAACUGAGGAUGAAGAUGAUGAAAAUGUAGAAGGGAAAAUACAGUUGGGUCCUAAGUGCACUCUCAAAGAGCUAUCGGAGAAGGAUAAGGAUGAUGAGAGUUUGAGAAGGUGGAAAGAACAACUUCUUGGGAGUGUGGAUAUCAAUUCUGCAGAAGAAACUCUUGAUCCAGAAGUUAAGAUCUUGAACCUCGCAAUAAAAUCCCCCGGUAGGCCUGAUAUUUUUCUUCUAAUCCCCGAGGCUGGAAACCCCAAAGGCCCGUGGUUUACAUUGAAAGAGGGAAGUCGAUACAGCCUUAAAUUCACUUUCCAGGUUAGCAACAACAUUGUAUCAGGCCUCAAGUACAAGAACACGGUUUGGAAAUCUGGCAUCAAAGUUGACAGCACAAGAGAAAUGAUCGGAACAUUCAGUCCUCAGUCUGAGCCUUACACUCAUGAAAUGCCGGAACUCUACUGCGCCGGAUGCAAUCUACAAAAGCAGCCUGCGGGUAGUAAAGAGGCCGGCCCUAGUAAAACAGGGAAGAAUGAUGAUCAUGCACAUGUCGUCACUGCUGAAAUUCAGCAGAACACGGCUAACGCACAAGACGCCACUGCUUGA